AUGUCACGCAAAGCCGUAGAACCCGCGAAAAAGGAACAGAAUGAAUAUAUUCCGGCCUUUAUCUCGAAGAAGCCAUUUUACUUAGAGUCAGCAGACAGCGAGAAUGACUAUCUAGAGCAUCAGCGCCUCCAGAGCUCGGCGCCUGACCAGUCUAAAUGGUAUGACCGUGGCAAGCGGCCUGGACCGGCGGCCACCAAGUUCCGCAAGGGCGCAUGUGAGAAUUGUGGAGCAAUGACACACAAAACUAAGGAAUGUCUAAGCAGACCACGUGCCAAGGGUGCGAAAUGGACUGGUAAAGACAUUCAAGCCGAUGAAUCUGUGCAAGACGUUCAGCUGAACUGGGAUGCGAAACGAGAUCGGUGGAACGGCUAUGAUGCAGGAGAGUACCGGCAUGUCGUGGAAGAAUUUGAGGUGCUCGAGAGCUUGAAGAGUAAAUUGAAGGGAGAAAAAAGGAGGGAUGGUGUCGCAUUGAUGGCGAACAACGAAGACGGGGAUCAGCAGUCUGAAGAGGAAGAAGCGAAAUAUGCUGAAGAAUCUGACAUGGGCAGGCAACAAAGUAAUGCUACGAGAAACCUGCGACUUCGAGAAGAUACAGCAAAAUAUCUGCUAAACCUCGAUCUCGACUCUGCUAAGUACGAUCCUAAAACAAGAUCGAUGGUGGAUAUGGGAGCUCAAGCCGACCAGGCUGCUGCUCUAGUUGCCGAAGACAACUUCAUGCGUGCAUCAGGGGACGCAGCAGAAUUUGAGCGAGCACAGAAGUAUGCGUGGGAAACUCAAGAAAGGGGAGACAAGAAUAAACUGCACCUACAAGCCAAUCCCACAUCUGGCGAAUACCUCAGGAAGAAAGACCAGGAAGAGAAAACGGUGAAACGCGAAGCACAAAGAAAGUUAUUGUUGGAUAGGUAUGGCGGCGAACAAUAUUUGCAGCCGUCUCAAUUACGCAAUAUGGCUGUCAUUGAAAACGAUAGGUAUGCUGAGUAUGACGAGACUGGAAUGAUCAAGGAUGCCGCGAAGCUGGAGACCAAAUCGAAAUACCCAGAGGACAUCUAUCCGAACAACCAUGCAUCUGUGUGGGGAAGCUGGUGGUCGGAAUAUCAAUGGGGUUAUGCUUGUUGUCAUUCAACCGUCAAAAAUAGCUACUGCACUGGUGAGGAGGGCAAGCAAGCUUUGGAGAUGAAUUGCAAUGCGCGAGCUGAGAAAAGCAAUGGCGAUUUCUCCCUCGAGCAAAAGGAUCGAGAUAAGCUUGGACACCAACCACAAGUAGUUGCCAAGCAGGAGGAAGUAUUGAAUGCACUUGCUAAAAAGCGGACUUUACUAGAAAUGAAAGGCGGAAUCACCGAGGAAGAAAUGGAAGCGUACAAGAGAUCAAAAGCGAUUGAGAACGACCCGAUGGCAAAUUUGCUGGGGAAUGAUGGGCUUUUGCGAUCUUGA